UUCCAAGAUCAGCAUCAUCCUGCAGGACCCGGCUCUGUUUGUAGGCACUAUUCGAGAAAACUUGGAUCCACUGAGCGAAUUCACCGACGAUGAGGUUUGGACUGCAAUUCGCAAGGGCCAUAUCGAAGAUCUUGUUGAUAGACCGGCACAGGCGCAUGAUGUUAAUGACGACAGCAGUGGAUCCGUGGGUUGAAGGAACAGGUCUGGACAAGUGGGUCGAGGAUGGCGGCAAGAAUUUUAGCGUCGGUCCAGCGCCAGUUGGUCAGUCUGUGUCGUGCACUACUUUGGAAGCGCAAGAUCUUAGUUCUCGAUGAGGCAACGGCGAAUGUCGAUACAAAGACCGACCAAAUCAUGCAGCAGGUUAUCCGUGAGGAAUUCAAGGACUGCACGAUUCUGACUAUUGCGCAUCGGCUCAGAACCGUCAUGGACAGCGACCGGAUCCUGGUUAUGGAUCAGGGCAGAGUCGCUGAGUUUGACACUCCAGCUAACCUGCUGGCACAGAACUCGCUGCUCAAGAGCCUUGUUGAGAGCAUGGAAGUCAAUCAGACUCUUUAAUAUUUCUGACACGCAAUAGCGACACAUGAAUCUAAAUGACAAACUAAGCCACACGAUGCAAGGUGGAAUGUGAUUG